AAUGUGAUAUGUCAACCGAACCGAAGUCGCUAAGGUUAUGUUUUAUAUUUUGGGCCAUAAUGCCCAUAAUUUAUAACAAUAUUUAAUUGAAUACUGAAAAGUAAAUCGGUUAAACAAUUUUCUACACUGUCAACUUGUAGUAAUUUUUAAUAAUAGCUCAAAUCAUGGCGCAACGAACGUUAACAUUCGUGACCGGCAAUGCAAAGAAAUUAGAAGAGCUUCGUGCUAUUUUGGGUAAAACCUUUCCUUUGGAGUUGGUCAGUCAUAAGCUCGACCUGCCAGAACUACAAGGUGAAGUCGAUGAAAUAUCUAUCAAGAAGUGCCAAGAAGCGGCGCGCCUUCUAAAGAGGCCGGUCAUAGUUGAAGAUACAUGUCUAUGUUAUAAUGCCUUGAAAGGUUUGCCAGGGCCGUAUAUCAAAUGGUUUUUAGAGAAAUUAGAGCCAGAGGGCUUAACAAAGUUAUUAGCUGGAUGGGAAGAUAAGUCUGCUCAAGCUAUAUGCACUUUUGCCUAUAGUUCUGGUGAAAGUGAAGAUGCUGAGGUCAUCUUGUUCCAAGGAAUAACGAAAGGAGAAAUAGUUGAACCACAAGGAAGAAGGGACUUUGGCUGGGACUGUGUCUUCCAACCUGAGGGUUAUGACAAGACUUAUGGAGAACUAGCAAAGGAGGUGAAGAACACAAUAUCUCACAGAUAUAAGGCCUUGGAUAAGCUCAGAAAGCACUUUGAACAGAAUGGGUAAUUUUUAAUUAUUCCAUCAUUGUUGUAACUAAGAAUUAGAAUGAUUGCUUUAGUUAAUAAUUUGAAAAUAAUACAAAAUUAUUCAUAUAACUUCAUUUUAUUGCUAAACUCAUCUUAAAUUAGCCUUAAAGUUUAUUAUAAGUAAGGUACAGCGAGGCAAAUCUCGACUGGGGGGCAAAUGUAACUGAUCCAUUUUUUCCAUGUUUUACAAUGUUUGCAUUAUUAAAUAGAGUGUCCACCGGUUAUAUAU